AUGGCUCUUCCUACGCGUGGCCGGGUAAUCGUUGAGACAACUGCAGGGGAAAUAGACAUAGAACUCUGGUCAAAGGAAACACCCAAAGCAUGCCGCAACUUCCUAGCGUUAGCCAUGGAGGGGUACUAUGAUGGUGUGAUAUUUCACCGGAUUGUGCCAGGAUUCCUGGUGCAGACGGGAGACAGGACUGGAACCGGAGGUGGAGGAGAGUCUUUCUAUGGAGAGCCAUUUGAGGAUGAAAUACACCCUCGUCUACGAUUCGCACACCGCGGAAUAGUGGCAAUGGCCAACAACGGCACAAAAAACUCCAACGAUUCUCAGUUCUUCAUCACGCUAGACAGAGCUGAUGAACUACACGGGAAGCACACACUCUUCGGUCGUGUCAUGGGAGAUACAGUAUACAAUGUCAUGAAAAUCGGUGAAAUGGAAAUCGACGCGAAUGAACGGCCUGUCUACCCUCCGAAAAUCAAGACCAUUCGCAUCAUCGACAAUCCAUUCGACGACAUCGUCCCACGUAUAACAGCGGCCGAAAAACGCGUCCAACAACGUGCGCGUGAACAGGCACAGCGAGAGCGCGAAGAGGACGAGCGGCGGAAAGGUGCUAAAAAAAACACUAAGCUGCUGAGCUUUGGCGCAGAUGAAGACGGCGCAGAAGAGGAGGAACCGGUGGUAUUCAAGAAGAAGAAUAUAGUUCGACCAGAUCGUAUGCGAUUGGUGACUAACACUGAGAUGCCGUCUGCUCUCCCGGAUUUCGUUACACAGCCGCAGAAGGCCCAAGCAAGCCGACCAAAGGAUAGCGUCGCCGAAGAGAAACCAACGAAGGAACAGUCGAAACCAAGCAAAAAAGACGACGAUAUCUCCAAAAUCCGCGAGAAGCAUGCUCAGGAGCAAGCCGCCAGCGAACAAUCUCGAAAGGCGGAGAUCGAGAAGAUGGAGAAAGAGAUACGGAAGCUGACGAAGAAGCGUGACGGGAACGACAGCGACGACGAGCCGGCGAAGAAAAAGCCGAAGAAAUCGUAUCUGGAGGAAGAGCUUGCCAAAUACGCCAAAGGUCGUGGGUUGCAGAAGAAGGGCAAAGAUGGGCGCAAGAAAGACGAGUCAGACGUUCUCGCCGCUCUCAAUAGCUUCCGAGGAAAGCUGCAGAGCACCAUGACGGUGGACAGUGACGACGUUGGCGAGGGCGAUAAAGUUCAGGGUGAGGCAGUCGAGGGUGACGUGGAACAGACGAACCCUGGAGAGGAAGAGGGGAUGGAGGUGGACGAUGACAGAGGGUUUAUGGGACACGCGUUGCAUUUCCCGAAAGAUGAUGGAGAGGAGAGCCGGAAGGCUGAGCGUGAUUACGAAGUGAUUGAUCCUCGGCAACGAGGAGCGCGUGCUAAGGAAGAAGAGCGGGAGAGGCGGCGGCAGGAGGGGAAAGGCAAGAGAGGCGGCGGCGGUCGAAGCCAUCACAGAUAA